UGUCUGCUGUUCAGUGCGAUAAAGUUAGCGGCCAGUGCACGGUGUUUCUGUAAUUCCGAUUUUGAAUGAGUGGAUAACAUAAUUUCGACAGUCCGAUACUUGCUUCAGCAUCUUUCUCGAAUUAAAAAUAUAGCAGUAUAUUAAAUACGUUAAUAAAACAGCAAAAAAAUUCAAUAGUGCAAAGUGACGUACGAGACACAUCUUUGAUAUACGCUCUUUUUCAGUUUAAUUUCCAAUUCUAAAUUCAUUGAAUCGGAUGAAAUUUUUCUAAAAAAAUUGAGUAGAUUAAGUAAAUUAAAUGAAAUUUUAUCGCAACCUUCGCUAAUAAUCUCGAGGAAUUGAUCAAGCAUGGAAAUCGCUUCGACUCGUGGGGUGUGUCCGGUGUGCGGUAAAAACGCCACGUUGAAGUGCGGCAACUGCAGACGCGAGUUUUACUGCGACAAGUCGCAUCAGUCCCGGGACUGGCCGCGUCACAGAUCCGCGUGCAUCGCCUGGGAGAUCGGUCGCGAUGCCGAUCUCGGACGAUACCUGCUGGCGACCAGGGACUUGGCACCCGGAGACGCGAUCCUGUCGGAAGCUCCCCUGGUCUGGGGACCGUCGACACACGCGACACAGCGGCUCUGCGUCGGCUGCGGCAAACGGUGCAACGAUGACAUCGAUAUGAGAUGCGGCGUGUGUCGCUGGCCCGCUUGCAGAUCCAAUUGCGAGGGACUGUCCGAUAAAAAGAGGCACGAGUCGGAGUGCGCUCUUCUUGCGCGCGCUAGAAUCAUUCCCAGAUGCGAAGUUCUUCUGGUGAUUCGUAUGCUGAUACUGUGGCGCACAAAGUCGAAACGCUGGACGUCCUUGGCGAAUCUGCAGAGUCACGAGGGCUCGCGGGGACCCGGCACGGACGCUCACGACGAAGUGACGAGCAUAAGUCAGCAUCUCGGGCCGCUCUUGAUGGCGUUUGACUGCCAGGACAUUUUGCCCAAGAUUUGUGGGCUGAUCGAUGUGAACGCGUUGGAGACCAUGCCGCCGGAAGGCUCGAUGGCGAUUUACGAAAACGCGUCCCUUCUGGAGCACUCUUGUGUGGCGAACACGCGACACAGCUUCCGCAUCGACGAUAAAGGCAGACCGCGUAUCACGGUGUACGCUGUCACGUCCAUUAAAAAAGGGGAACACUUGAGUACCAUGUACACGCACGCGCUUUGGUCCACUAGGAUCAGACGAGAACAUCUCCUUGUCACGAAAUACUUUGCUUGUCGAUGCAAACGUUGCGCCGAUCCGACCGAAUUGGGCACGCAUUUAGGCACUCUAAAAUGUCCUUGCAAAAAUGGACUCAUGUUACCGAACGAUCCUCUGAAUUCAAACACCGACUGGUCCUGCAACGUAUGUCCGGGAAUAGUGACGGCCUCGGAAGUCGCGCAGUUGAUGGAUAGAUUAGAGGAAGAAGUCACGGGGAUUAUGAAGCAGGCAACCGAGCAUACUUUAUCCGAUCUUCUAUCACGGCUAACAGUCCUGUUACAUCCCGGUCAUCAACAUUGCAUAUCCGUGAGUCAUUCGCUGAUACAACUAUUGCCGCCGAACGAUCCACGAAAGUUGGAAUUAUGUAAGCUCAUUUUGAAUACGGUAACCCGAUUGGAUCCGCACGGUGCGCGUUUGGCGCUUUAUACAGCCGUUACUCUGCGAGAGCUCGCGUCGUGUCCUGACGAAGACAGACAAGCUCAUCUCUUCAGAGCAGCCUCGCUGUUGAAGAUGGAACCGCUGGAUUCGCCUGGUCAGAAACUUCUCAGACUUGUCGAAAUGGAACUCUGCUCCUUGUAAUGAUAGAGGAACGGAGGUAGUUAUUAGAGGCGGACAAAUAUCGUUUUAUUUCCGCUCGGUCUCGACAAUCCUUGCCAUGUGUUUCGGUCGGACUCGCAAAUGGAUAGAAUGGGGAUGAGAUAAAGACUACCUGCUAUGACGGAAAUCGAGACCUUUCGGUAACUCGGGACUCGGGAUAGAUCUUUUGAUUCCUGGCGAUUCCCGAAGUCAAGAUGAUACAGCGUGUUGCGAAUGGAAUGAGUAGGAAAGACUUUCCCCUAUCCCCAAUCCAUCUAAGAUGCGAGCAUCAGAACUCGAAAUCCCGAUAUAUUCUCGAUAACAGUGCUCUCGAUAAUAUUCGUAUCGAGAAUUUAGUCUUGUUAGCGGGAACAAGCGGGAGUGAGAGCAGAUUUGCCCGAGACUCUAGUAGUUAUAAUUUUAUUAUUCGAACAAAGCGUCGAGUGAGAAAGGAUUUUUAUUAAAAAUCAUGCACGCGUUACAUAAUAUUGAGCGUGAGCAAUCACUUGUCAUUACUUGUCUAAAUUUAUUUAUUCGUCUUCUCGAUUUCGAGUGUGUAAUUUAUAUUCACAGAUACACAGGUAGCCAUAAAAGUGGCAAAAAUAUUCAAUGUACUUAUUUAGGAUAAAGGUGUACGUAUAAAAAGGCUUAUAAUUAUGCAAAGAAUGUACAUACACGUGUUACGUAAAUAUCAAAAUAUACGUUGAUGAUGUACAUGUAUAUCUUAUGGUCGCUCCGCGUUUGCCGCGGGUGCUGAUUGUACAUACAUUGUCGUAAAAUCUAGACUAGAUGACUGUGCCACGUGAAAUGCGAACGAAAUCCUGAAAUCCGGAAGCAAUUCUUCCUCACGCGUGUUAUAUUUAUUCGUUGACCUGUUACAAUGUCUCACGUCUGGUUGGCGAUCGAAUUUAACAGCAAGAUAAACUAAUACGAAAAAGAUAUAUUUAUCGACCAAAAACUUUAUAACGUAUAAUCGCACAUAUUUGUACUUACAUUUUGUUAAGGAACAAUUUUGAAGGAUAUAAAUAUUUAACGUGACAUCUACUUUAAUAUUUAAUAUAGAUUUAUGUAAUUCAGAUCGAGCAUCGUUAUCAAAAUAAACGAUUCACGAUAUACCUCGAUUCUCGAAAUAUCGUGCGAACGGC